CGCUCAAAGAUCAUCGCCUCUCGUCUUGCUUGCUUCACUCCACUUCAGCAUACAGACAUGGACAGCGACGAAGUCGUCCGCAUUGUGUACAAGCCCAGCCCUCGGACCGGAGACAAGCGUUCCUUCAGCGAUGCAGAGUUGCAAGACGAUCUGGAUCCUCGAGUUCGAGCGAUGCUCGACGCAGCCGAAGCCAAUGCUGCUGAAGUUCUUUCUCCGACUGAGAUGGUUAAGCGCUUUCAUCAAGCUGCGAAACGAGUAUUGAGCGAUGCUCAAUAUCGUGGCUUGACUUCGUUCUGCUCGAACCUCCGGACGAACGACCUGGAUGCAUCAUUGAAGAAAGCCGUGGAUGAUCGCGUCGCCAGAUUCCACACAUCCGAACCUCUCGCCGCAGACUCAAGUAAAGACUUGCUGAACAAGCCUUCCGGACAUCCGAGUUUCUUGUUCGGUGUCAUCAUGCACUAUAAGACUCUGCUGAAAAGCAACAACGAGUUUUUCGAUGCACAAAAUCCAUGUACCGCAAGACUUCUUGGAAAGGGCUUCCAUAGUGGCAACACAUUCGCAUUCGAUGUUCAUUGGCGUCAGGAGAUGUCGUCGUCCAGAAAGAAACAAUGCCCACGAGAUUUUUAUAUUCCGAAGGUACUGGAUAUGCAUGAUCAGCUCUCGGAUGAUAUACAACGACUCGCUCAGACAAAGCUUCUGACCAUUUUCGGACAAUGCCCUAUGAAGUCGUACAAGACAGACUGGAUGGCUCCUGGCACUGUUGUGGUAAGUGUCGAGGUUAGUGACCAGCACUCGGUCGAGU